AUGGAAGAAGAUAAAGUAUCGAAGUCCCUCGAAGCUCUCGCAAGAGUUGAAGAUGAAGUUGAGAAAGCAGAAAGAGAGACAGAAUUUUUGAGGUUGAAAAAGCUUAGUGCUGUGUACCUCAACCGUAAAGAAGCCAUUGCUGGUAUCCCAGGAUUCUGGAAGGUCGUGUUGUCCCAACACAGUGAUUUUGCAAACUAUGUUCGCGCUGCUGAUCUAAAAUACAUCGAUUGUAUAAGUGCGAUCGAGGUAACAUGGUUGUGCGUGGAAGAUGAAAAAGCGGAUCAUCGUGAUUUUACUGUCACAAUUAAUUUCGACGCUAUAGAUGGGGACUUUGAGUCCCAAACAGUAUCGAAAACUUUUAGGAUUGAGCACGACGUUAGCAAGUUUAUUUACAGGAGCAAGAGGACCGAAGAGGACGACUUGCGCGAUGAAGAGCUCGGCUUCUUAACCAGUACACCUACUGAAAUUAAAUGGCCUAAAAGUUUCGACGGAAUUAACCCUAGUUUGGUUACUGACAAAACGACAUCUGAAGGAAAGAGAAACUAUAGAACAGGAAUGAAAUCUUUUUUCUCUUGGUUUAAGUGGACAGGUCUCAAACCAGGAAAGGAAUUUCCAAAUGGUGAUGGGUUGGCGUCGCUUAUUAGUGAAGACCUGUAUCCAAAUUGCACAAAAUAUUAUACGGAGGCACAGAUUGACUUGGAAGAAGAAAAUGUAGACGAAGACGACGAAAGCGAUGAGCCUUUGCAAUUAGAGUCUAGUGAUGGCGAGCCCGAAGAUUGUGACGGUAAGCAGAAAAGUGUCAAACGACGCAAAGUGUAG